CUAUUGUUCCAUUUUCUAAACGAAUCAGAGAAGAGCUAUAGAGAGUAGGGAGGGAAAGAGCGAGGGAGAGAGAGAGAGAGCCCAAACUCCAGAUCUCCCCCCAUAGGGUUCUAUCCCCACCGAGAAAUCUAAGUUUUACCACCAAUUAUUGAUAAAUUCCGUGAGAUUCCGCUUCUAAUCCUUCUUUCCCGCCUUGUCGGCCUAGGUUUUCGCUGGGAGUAUCCGAUUCUUUGAUGAGAAGCGAGUUCCUACGCAGAUGAUGCCGGAGAUCAUUCUGCCACCGGAGAGGGACCUCUCUAUCUCCCCGACGAGCUCGCGUUCGGUGACGGAAACUGUGAAUGGAUCGCACAAGUUUGUGAUCCAGGGUUACUCCCUGGCGAAGGGCAUGGGGAUCGGGAAGCACAUCGCGAGUGACACCUUCACGGUGGGGGGAUACCAGUGGGCGGUCUAUUUUUACCCGGACGGCAAGAAUCCGGAGGAUAAUUCGACCUAUGUGUCCGUCUUCAUCGCGCUUGCGAGCGAGGGGACGGAUGUUAGGGCUCUUUUCGAGCUUACGCUUGUGGAUCAGAGUGGGAAGGGGAAGCACAAGGUGCAUAGCCAUUUUGACCGGUCUUUGGAGAGCGGACCUUAUACGCUCAAGUAUCGUGGAAGUAUGUGGGGCUACAAACGCUUUUUUAGACGAGCUGCACUUGAGACAUCAGACUACCUCAAGGAUGAUUGCUUGAAAAUAAAUUGUACUGUUGGUGUUGUGGUAUCAGUCAUGGACUGUCCUAGGUUGCACUCUAUACAGGUUCCUGAGUCUGAUAUGGGACUGCAUUUUGGUAUGCUUUUGGAAAAGCAAGAAAGUUCAGAUAUCAUUUUUGAUGUGGCCGGGGAAAAAAUACAUGCCCACAAACUGGUAUUAGCUGCUCGUUCUCCUAUCUUUAGAACUAUGUUUUUUGAUGGGCCGGAUGAGGCCCUAAGUGAGAUAGUUAUUAAAGAUUUAGAGCCAAAGGUGUUUAAGGCAAUGCUACAUUUUAUAUACAAAGAUACUCUAGAUGAAGAUGAUGUCCCUGUUGGAUCAGGGUCUCCAGGAGUUUCGGUGUCAGACACAUUGGCUGCAAAAUUGUUAGCUGCAGCGGACAAGUAUGGCUUGGGAAGGCUGCGGCUUAUGUGUGAGUCUUACUUGUGCAAGGAUAUAUCUGUUAACUCUGUUGCUAGCACUCUUGCAUUGGCUGAUCGCUUUCAUGCCAUGGAACUAAAGGCUGCUUGCCUCAGAUUUGCUGCUGAAAACCUUUCAGGAACAGCGAGCAGGAGCAAGCAUGUUCUUAAAUUGUUGAGCUUUAUUGAUUUAACUUGGGAGUCGGAGCUUCUGAAGAUCAUUGCCGGGUGUGAAGAGGAAUGCAGCAGCGGCGGCAAAAGCCGGAGCGUUUGGGCCCAGCUAUCCGAUGGCGGCGAUUCGAAUGGUCGGAGGGUAAGGCAACGAACUUGAAACAUAUAAAACUGGUCCUCUUCUUCUCCUCCUCCGGCGAGAGAGCAUUUGUGUCAAAGUGAUUGAAUCUGGUUGCUGGAUGACUGGGGCAUAGCUUUAUAGUCUAUUGUAUCUGUAGCUUUUUUCUUGUGGAUAAUGGAGUGAGUUGAUAAAAAUACUAUAGGCCUUCCUGUAGCUGUUGACAUGAAGAUUUGCUAGUAAUAGGGACAAUACUGAACAUGGAAGCAUGAAAGUUGUAUUGUAGCAUAAUCAAAUGUACUUCUGCUUAUCUACCAUGAGUAGGCGAAUCGCCGAAUCCUUCCCGA